AUGAUCAUUGAGUCGUUAUCUGUGCUCCCACCUAUAGAAGCAGGGCAAGCUGAAUUACUCAACGAAAUACGGACUAUCAAAUCUAAACUAGACGCCACUGACAAAAAAGUCACCGAGCUAUCCACUAAAGUCGCAGCAAUCGAGGGUGAGCUUUCGUCAUUCCGCGAUGUCCCCAAGAGGGUACAGGACCUGACGGAUACAACUACCUCGUUAUCUAGCGGUGUCUGCACCAUAAAGGAUCAGAUAGACAAGCUUGAGAAUAGAAUGCGGAGGAACAAUCUAGUGUUUCAUGGCUUGGACGAUAGCUCUUCCGAGACGUGGGCCCAGUCCGAAGCUCUGGUAACUGACCUGUGCAAAAAUAAUCUAGGCAUGGAGAUUCCGCCCCACGCAAUCGAGCGCGCCCACCGCAUUGGACGCUAUCGACCUUACAGACACAGACCAAUUAUUGUCAAGUUCGCGUCUUACAAAACGAAAGAGCCUGUUUUGAGUGCUGGCCGAUUUUUAAAAGACACCGAUAUUUCUGCCACGGGCGACUACUCAUUAACAGUUCGCACGGCUCGCAAGCAUUUCUUGGCCUUCGCCAAAUCGCAAUCUGUGCCUUUCAAGCUCCGCUUCGACAAGUUGUUAUUGAAUGGCAAAUUGUAUACAUUUAACCACGAAACCUCAAGCAUUGUUGAAAAAGGCGCAUAG